AUGGCCACCCCGGCCCAGCAGGGUAUUCAGCAGCGCGUCCUCACCAAGCUCAUCGUGUUCGCUCUGCUCAUGGCCGCCGUCCCCAUUGGAACGUACUUUAUCGCUUUGCAGCGUAUCUUUGAGGAGUCUCUCCUACCUUCCCAACGUGCACCCACAUUGGCGUGUGCGCUCUUUUCCCAAGCUGACCACUCUCCAGGCAACACAACCUAUGCUGCCCUCGCCGCGGUCCUCGCUGCCAACAUUGUUCUCGCCGGAUACGUCUACGUCGCGUUCGCCGAGGGCGAGCUCCCGGAAGAGGUUCCUGCUGGCAAGGAGAAGAAGUCGCAGUAA